UUCGUCCCCCGUCCUGGCCUUGGACACUUUGCUGCCAUCUCUGUCGCUGUCGCUGUCGUCCGCCGCCUGCUAUCGAGCCGGUCCUGCUCCUGCCUCAGCCAUCUGCAGCAUCACGCUCGGGUCUGGCUUCGCUUUCCUGGCUGCUGGUGCUUCCGUCGUGUCCCCCAAGCCACUGCCUUCUCUUGCCACUCGCAACCACGGCCCAGAAUGCCCUUCUCCCUCAAGGACACUGUCCGCCAGAAUCUCCUCGACCAGGUUCUCCGCGACCCAAAGAUAAACGAGCGUCCGGGCGAGUGGAAGAUUCUUGUCGUUGAUGAUGCCUCCAACCAGAUUCUCAGCAAGUACAUCACCACGGACGACCUCAACCAGGUCUACAUUACCCCCCAAGCCCGUCGAAUCAACGGCCACCGAGCCACCAACGAGAACUCCCAGGCUCUCUAUUUCAUUACCCCCACGGCCGAGAACGUCGAUUUGAUCAUCAAGGACUUUGCCGGCCCCACUCCAAAAUAUGCCCAGGGACACAUUUGCGUGACCACAGCCUUUGACGAUGCCUUGGCCAACAAGCUGCUGAGAGAGGUUCCUCGGAACCGCUUGGCAACAUUCAAGGAGCUGUUCAUAAGCUUUGAUGUGCCCGAAAGCCGUGUCUUCAGCCUCGACUUGCCCGGCUCUCUCGAGAUCUCCUUCAAGCCACAGUCGGUCGGCCAGAUCCAGGGUCUGAUCAACGACAGCGCACAAAAGCUUAUAUCGCUGCUGCUGCUCCUUGGAGAUGAGCCUGCGAUUCGCUUCUGCGAUCCCGGCGGCCAGCGUCGCGGCCUCUGUGCCCUGCUUGCCGAAAGCGUCCAGCAGCAGAUUGACGUGCUGAGAAACGAUCCGCAGUACAACUUUCCGCGCCCAACGCCGUACUCGCAGACACAACUGCUGAUCAUCGACCGUGCCGUCGAUGUUUUGACACCGAUUUCGCACUCACCCAGCUACCAGUCUCUGAUUUACGAUAUCAUGGACAUGGACGGCAACCAAGUGAGACUACCAGUCAAGGACUCGGAGGAAGAGAUUGGCUCGCUCGCUCUCGACGAAGACGACGAUCUCUUUGCCGAGCUUCGACAUGCUCCCUUGCCCUCGGUGAUCAACCGCGUCGUAGCCUUGGUGAAGCAGUUCGGAAAGAACGAGACGGCAGCCUCAAAUGACAAGCUGGCGGAUCUGAAGGAAGCCAUCCUCAACAAAGAGAAGCGUGAAAAGCAAAUGGCAGAGAUCCGAAAGCAUCAUGGAAUCUGCACUGAGCUCUUGGCCCGCCAUACCGCUCGCAAUCUGAAGGAGAUCGGCGAGCUUGAAGGCGUUGCCUAUACCGGGUUCGAGUAUGGCUUUGAGCCUGGGAACCCAGAAGCACCGCCAAAGCCUGCGUCCAAGCUGAUCCAAAAGUUCAUUGCAAUCAUUGAGAACGACGCCCAAAAUAUCGAGGAUCGUCUGCGCGCCCUCGCUUUCCUCCUGUGUAUCGAGGAGCUGAACGAUUCUCAAAUCAACGACAUAUACACUCGUGCAAAGUUGAGCACCGACGAUAUCAGCUUUGUUCGCGGACUGAUGGAUCUGGAUAUUUCGCCCAUCGAUCGGGAUGGCCCGUACUCCUACUACCCACGCAAGCUCGAGAAGGAAAAGCGCAAGCACGAGCUGUCGGCUCACGCCAAGAAGAAGGGUCGCCCUCAAGACCCUGUGGCCGAUGUUGAGGCGGAGGUCCUGAGCAUCGACCGCCAUAUCCCGACGCUGCGCUAUCUCCUUGAGGACGCCAUCCUUGGCAAGCUGGAUCCCGAUAUCUUCCCAUACGUGCUCAAGGGCGGCUAUUUCUUGGCCGAUAACAAGGCGACGGACAGCCCCGACCGCGGGCUUGGGAAGGUCAAGACCUUGGCCAAGUUUGAGCCCAAGUGGGGCAAGAAGCAGACCGUCGGCCGGGAUCAGAACGACUAUCGUGUCAACGGUGCUCGCAUCAUCGUCUUCUUCAUCGGCGGAUGCACCUAUCCCGAGGUCAAGGUGACCUACGACCUCGCCAGGGAGUUCGAGCGCGAGAUCAUUAUCGGCGGCACCGAGCUCUUCACCCCAAAGACAUUCAUCGAAUCGAUCAAGCAAAUGGGCAGUUUGACCACCCGCGUGCCCCUUCCUGACCCGGUAAACAUGUUCCGCUAUGCCGAGACCAUGUAUACGCAGCCGACUCGAGCGGCCCCUGCUGCAGCCGCUCCCCGGCCACAGGCGGUGGCCGAUACCACAGUGCCCAGCGUCUCCGCCCAGCCGGCCCUCAACUACCUAUCGGCGGCACCCCCGGCCGUCUAUCCGCCAGUUGCCGAAGCUCCUCAGCCCGUGCACCCCGUUUCUGCAGCUUCAGCCGUAACAAGCUCGAUGCAGGCGCCCCCUGAAGAGCCCGUGAGGACCAACUCGGCUCAAAAGUAUGUCGGACCUGCCGCGAUUCCUCCGCGUGGGUCAUCGUUCCGCGUCGAGGACCAGCCCACAGCCCCACCCCCGGCCCAGCAGUACGUUCCUCGCACGACGACUCCUCCAGCCCAACCAUACCUUCCUCGCACUACAACCCCUCCGGCUCAGCAAUACGUGCCUCACGCGGCAACUCCUGCACAAGUGUAUGAGCCGGUCCGAACUGAAGCCUCUGACCGUCACUCUUCGACCGCGGAUGAUCGCAGCGAAGUUCCCUGUCAACACUGCACGUUGUUGAAUCCCGCUAACAGCGUUCGCUGCGCUGCGUGCGACAAUGUGCUGCACAGACCUCACGCCACUAGUCCUGCGGCAGCGGCACCGGCACCAAGCACAGUCCAAACAGUUGCGGCGCAAACGGUGUAUGCUCCAGUUCGCAGCCCAUACAGCGAGAUGUCUAGCUAUGCAGCCGCCCAUCCAGGCCGCUCCGAAGGGCACCACAACGUCCCUAUGCCCAGCACGCCGUGGUCUGCCGCAAGCGUCAACCCGCCUGCCCGUAGCAGCGCCUCCAGGCACUCAACAGGCGAUAGUGCCCACAGCACUCAUAGCAUCCAUGGUGCUUUGUCUCCCGCCACGAUCAAUAUGCCUUCGCUACAAGCCUAUUUGCCCCCGUCCAAUCCCACUUCCUAUGUCCAGUUCCCAUCCUCCCAGUCAAGUCCCUAUUCCACAAGUCCGGCCCAGCCCUACGUUGGCCGAAGCAACCCAUCGGUAACCCAACAGCCCUACUCGUCUUCAGCCUGGCCCGUGACCUCAAGUGCACACGGCGCAGCGAACUUCCCGACGCCUUAUCCCAUGCAGCGCGGUCCUUCGUCGCUGGGCACUGGCUAUUCCUUCAACGGCAGCGCCUAUGCUUCCCCAGCGCAGUACCAACCCGGACAGCCCCCUCCGCGACAGCCAUACGCGCCCAACCAAGACAGACAGCCAUACAUGCCCAACCAAGAGAGGCAGCCAUAUGCGCCCAACCAAGAGAGACAACCUUACGCGCCCACACCUCCCACAAAGUCGUAUCAGUACUCGUACCAAAAUCUGCCCAACCCGUGAUGUAUCUAUAGAAGCAGCUUCCGGGGCCUGACAGUGGGUCCAGCAGCAGUGUGAUCGACCGCGAAGGCAUCAGACCGACGCAAUGGCGUUGCGAUCAGCGGACAAGUGCGUCGGCCUGGUGACAUGUCCUGUAUUUGCCAUUCUGUUGUUGUUUCGGAGAUUGCCUCU